GCCAUGUGACCUCCUACGUAGGAACCCGCGAGCCGCAGUCGGAAGAGGAACGAGCGCUGAGACGCGACGGAGUGAGUAGUGAUGAUAUUUCGCCGACAUGCGUCCGAGAAUGCAGUCUAUUCUGAGACUAAUAGUCGUUUGUUUGGUCUGUGGAGCCAUCGUGAAGCUCGCGCUGCAGCCCAGUCCAAAAACAGCAGCCAAGGAAACGCUGAUUAGAAAUGUCAAGUUUUGGAAGAGUGUCCAAAAGAGUUCAGAGAACCGGAAUCGCUCUCCAGUGGACAAACACUUGCCUGCCUCGGAGGCUGUGGAAAGAGAUCGGGCCACCAAGCCGGUCCCAGAACCACAGCCACACCUACAGCAGUCCAGCAGGAGUCCACUGCGCAUAGUGCAUUUAGACCUGAAGGGGGCUGCCCCCAAGGUGAAAUACCUGGAGCAGAUCUUCCCUCUGCUGUCGGCCCUGGGUGCUGAUGGAGUCCUAAUGGAGUAUGAGGACAUGUUCCCAUACGAGGGGGACCUCCAGGAGCUCAGGUCUCCGCAUGCUUACAGUUUGGAGGACAUCCAAACCCUAAGGACUUUGGCCCGUCUGAGCAAGCUAGAGAUGAUUCCGCUGGUGCAGAUCUUUGGACAUCUUGAGUUCGUUCUGAAGCAUGAGAAGUUCAACUAUCUGAGGGAAGUUGCAGCCUUCCCCAACAGCCUAAAUCCGCACGCUCCCGGUGUUCAUACCCUGGUCACGGACAUGGUGAUGCAGGUCCUGAAUCAGCACCCAGAUUCCCGCUGGUUCCACAUCGGAGCUGAUGAGGUGUAUGGCCUCGGCGAAAGCCAGGACUCCAAGAACUGGCUCCACACUAAUGAGGGGAAUAUGGGAAAGAUGUUCCUCAACCAUGUGACGGCGGUAGCAGGUUCUGUGCUGGAGAGGAGGCCGAACAUCAGCCUUCUCAUGUGGGAUGACAUGAUGCGGAUGAUCAGCGUCGCAGAUCUGAAAGCGUCGAAUCUGCCCAGAAUCGCCUCCCCUGUCAUAUGGAGGUACAGGCCAGAUUUCAACACAGGACAUGUUGAAAGUUUAAUCUCAAAAUACCAGGAUUCUGGUUUUGCGAGCGUCUGGUUUGCGAGCGCUUUCAAAGGGGCUUCAGGUGUCGACCAGGGCUGGACUCCUCUCGACCAUCACCUGAAGAACCACCUGACUUGGCUUAAGGUCAUGGAGGCCAUGCCCAAGUACCCAUCCAUCUCCUUUCAGGGGAUCAUGCUGACUGGCUGGCAGCGGUAUGAGCACUUCUCGGUCUUGUGUGAACUCCUGCCUGUCGGUAUCCCUUCUUUGGCCCUCUGUCUUCAGACAUUAAAGUACGGCGAUUUCAGUAACCAAGUCAUAAAGGAUGUCGAGUACAUCUUGGGCUGCAAGCUUGAUGUCAAAAAUGGCACCUGUGAAGGCAGUGGUGCUUUCUCUGGCGCGGAGCUGUACCACAUGGUGUACCACAUUCACACCAACCUUCAAAGUGACAUCAAGGGUCUCGUGGGAAACCGUGACCUGAAGGGGGUGUUCUCACUGUAUCACAGGAAGUACCACUUUGGCAACCCUCGAAAUCUCGGCAUUUAUAAAACAAAAAUGGAAGAGACUCUGAAGGACUGGGAGAGCUUCCUGGAGAACUUCCGCGUCCAAAUGGAGGCCAUUUACUUCCCCGACACGGUGGAGGAGUGGAUGGAUGAGAACGUUAACCCAAGCAUGGACCAGCUCAGGGGCCUGGUGGCAGAUCUAAGCCACAUAAUAUCCCUCAACGGCAAGCCGAAAUCUGCUGGCCGGUAGCUGUAGGGGUAACUAAGAGGUAACAAUGGCCAGCAGCUGCUCAGAGUCCCUCAAAUGUGGCCUGGGGCCCGGCUCCAUAAACUUUGGGGGUUUUGCGUGGGUCCUGUGUUUUCCUCUUACCCUUCCUCCCUCUCCCUCCUUUUGAGACCAACUGCCAUUGCUCAGAGAACUUUGCACUGUGAAGCUGCAUUCUGCUCUGAUUGGCUGUUCAUCCUUGCCGGCACCCCCUGCUGAAGAUGGAUGAUGCUGCUGUGUGAUGAUUACAGUCACUGACCAGUGGAGCUCAUGCGCCUGAGCGCGAGGCAGCGUCUCCUAGCAACAAGUGGUCCAUAGGCUUGGGCCUGCUGAAGGACACCAUCGAGACAAAGCUACCUUUUAGUUCCUCACUUGAUCAAAAACCACUUUUGGGUGUUGUUUGUGAGCCAGAUGUUCUGCUUAAGAUGUGCUAAUCUGCCCCUUAAUGUAACAUACAGGGAAUGUGUAUUUUUUCGGUAGAGCUAAUUAUUGUGUAACUUUUGUUGUUAGACUGUGCAGUGAUACUGUAACACGAAGCACUUUGCUAGCAGCGACCACAGGCGUCAUUAUCAGGCCGCCGAAUUUGCUGAGUUUGAGCACCUCACUUGCACUUUUCCCAGCGUUGAAGCAAACGGCCCGUUAUCUCAGGUUGUUUUAUCAUUCUUUUAUGUGUAAUAUAACACAAUACACACUUGGUUUGUGUAA